CUGGACAAAAGAAGAGGGUCACCCUGGGACAGCGGCUGCAGGUAGGUAGAGGCGCUACCAGUGCCCAGGUGGCCCUUACCUCCAUCCCACUUCCCACUUCCCUAUACUAUUCCCUCCACCUCCCUCAACUGCCAGCCUCCCCACCCCUUUUCUGCCCUCACCUCUCUCCCGAAACCCUGACCCCUUCCUGCACCCCAAGUCCGUCUCUCUCUCCGUAACUCAGCUGUCGGCAGGGGCAGAGUGCAGGUGGCCUGGCUGCUGCAGCUCCCAGGGGCUGUCCUGCCCUCCCCGAAACCUUCAGCCUCAUUCCUGCUCCAGGGCACCUCCAGUAGUUAACAGGUGGCCGUGGCAGGCGGAAGUCGGACCCUGGGUGAGCCAAGGUCUCUUCCCGAGCUGGGCAUGGCCGACUCUGCACAGGCCCAGAAGCUGGUGUACCUGGUCACCGGGGGCUGCGGCUUCCUGGGGGAGCACGUGGUGCGAAUGUUGCUGCAGCGGGAGCCCCGUCUCGGGGAGCUGCGCGUCUUUGACCUACACCUGGGUCCCUGGCUGGAGGAGCUGAAGACAGGGUCUGUGAGGGUGACUGCCAUCCAGGGAGACGUGACCCAGGCCCACGAGGUGGCAGCAGCUGUAGCCGGAGCCCACGUGGUCAUCCACACAGCUGGGCUGGUGGAUGUGUUUGGCAGGGCCAGUCCAAAGACCAUCCAUGAGGUCAACGUGCAGGGCACCCAGAACGUGAUUGAGGCUUGUGUGCAGACUGGAACACGGUUCCUGGUCUACACCAGCAGCAUGGAAGUUGUGGGGCCUAACACCAAAGGCCACCCCUUCUACAGGGGCAACGAGGACACCCCAUAUGAAGCAGUGCACAGGCACCCCUAUCCUUGCAGCAAGGCCCUGGCCGAGUGGCUGGUCCUGGAGGCCAAUGGGAGGAAGGUCUGUGGGGGGCUGCCCCUGGUGACGUGUGCCCUUCGUCCCACGGGCAUCUACGGUGAAGGCCAUCAGAUCAUGAGGGAUUUCUACCGCCAGGGCCUGCGCCUGGGGGGUAGGCUCUUCCGGGCCAUCCCGGCCUCUGUGGAGCAUGGCCGGGUCUAUGUGGGAAAUGUGGCCUGGAUGCACGUGCUGGCGGCCCGGGAACUGGAGCGGCGGGCGGCCCUGAUGGGCGGCCAAGUGUACUUCUGCUAUGACGGAUCGCCCUACAAGAGCUAUGAGGACUUCAACAUGGAGUUCCUGGGCCCCUGCGGACUGAGGCUGGUGGGCGCCCGCCCGCUGGUGCCCUACUGGCUGCUGGUGUUCCUGGCCGCUCUCAAUGUCCUGCUGCAGUGGCUGCUGCGGCCGCUGCUGCUCUAUGCACCCCUGCUGAACCCCUACACGCUGGCCGUGGCCAAUACCACCUUCACUGUCAGCACUGACAAAGCUCAGCGCCAUUUCGGCUAUGAGCCCAUGUUCUCAUGGGAGGACAGCCGGACCCGCACCAUUCUCUGGGUACAGGCCAUGGAGGGUUCAGCCCAGUGAUGCAGGGCUGUGGCCUGGAGGCCCAUUGCAGCACAUCCACCCAGGUCCUGAGCCCUCACACAAGGCUGAAUUUCAGAGUGGAGGGAGGGCUCUAGGACCCAGAGCCCUUCACAUUUUUUUUCUUUUUUUUCAGACCAGGUCUUGCUCCGUCACCCAGACUGGAGUGCAGUGGCGUGAUCAUAGCUUAUUGCAGACUCAACCUCCUGAGUUCCUCCUGCCUCAGCCUUCUGAACAGCUGGGACCGCAGGUGCACACUACCACACCUGGCUUUUUUUUUUAGAGACAGUGUCUCACUGUAUUGCCCAGGCUGGUCUUGAACUCUUGGGCUCAAGUGAUCCUUUCACCUGGGCCUCCCAAAGUGCUGGAACUACAAGUGUGAACCACUGUGCCUGGCCCAAGCCCUCCACAUUUUCAAUCCCGGAGCCUUGAGUCUGUGUUGUGUCCUGACGCCUUCAAGUUCUGGGGCCAUCAGGACACAAGGGCAGGGUUUGGGGACAGGAGUGUCCGUCCUUCAUCCUCUCCAGGCCCAAUGGCUGCUUGGCCAGUGUCUGGUGCCCUGGCGACCUGCCCUGGCUCACUUCUGGCUUUGUGAGCAGGAAGAGAGCAGAGGCUCCCCUCCUGACAUCCACGGGUGACCUUCAGGCCUAGGUGCAGAGUGCAGAGGCGGCUCUGGUUCCUCCGGCCACCUCCGUCCCUCUUUGGGAGGUGAUGUUUCCAUUGCUUUUCCAAGGCCUCACCUUCGCCGUCUGUCUGAAUUCCCCUUUGGAGUGCUGCGGCCUCCCUCCACUUUCACUUCCCACCUCCCUACCCAAGUUCCUUCCCGGUAGGUAGCCAGCCCUGUGGUUGGGGAUGCCCCCAGGCAUCUACAGUGAAGGCCAUAGAUGUUAUACCUGGCUGAGCCCGGAUUAAAAGCCUCAUCCACGCCCAUGUC